UUACGACACCACGCUGUGCCGUACGGCUGCUAGUGUAGUCGCAGGUGACAUGUGAGAAGUUUGAUCCCGCUUCAUAUCAGACUUUAUUUCACAUUAAUCGGCGCGUUUACACAGACAGGAGGCGUCAUGCACGAGCGGGCACUUCCCGCCUCUCCUAACUGGUACUGCUCCCGCUGCAGUGACGUCAGCAGCAGCGCUUUACUGGGCGUCGGAGCCAAAAACAACAUCUAUUUGAUUGACGUGUCCGCGUCCUCCUGCAGGGUCGUAGGUGAGCUGGUCGGCCACAAAGACCUGGUGUCGGGCUUUUCAUUCUGUCAGCAUGCAGGCCAGAGUCACCUCUGUGUCAGCUCCUCCAACGAUGGGAGCGUUCGCUUCUGGGACUCGGACAGCAAGGUUCUCAUAAAGGAACAUGCAGCUCAUCAGACCUCCGUCACAGCUGUGCACUGGUCUCCGGUGGAUAAAAACCUGGUGGUGUCAGGGGAUGAGAAGGGCAUCGUGGUCUGUCACUGGUACAACACAGGAGAUACAGCCAGCUUCUUCCCAGAGCCCAGGACCAUCUUCUGCCUCACCUGCUCUCCUCACACCUGGAGCACUGUGGCUGUGGGGUACAAAGAUGGGAUGAUCGUGCUGAUUGAUGUGAGUAAGAAAGGCGAGGUGAUGCACCGUCUGCGUGGGCACGACAAUGAGAUCCACUCUCUGGCGUGGUCGCCACUCGCCAGCGAGGACGCCAUCUGCAGCAGACUUGAGGACAGUGAAGCUACCAGUGGAGUGUCUGCAGGAGACGACAAAGGCUGCUUUCUUGCUUCCGGGAGCAAAGACCAGACGGUGAGGAUCUGGAGCACAGCGAAGGGAAAAGGUCUGAUGACUCUGAAACUACCGUACAUGAAGAAAAGACGGUCUGCAGUCGACCCCGGGGUCAAAGAGAGACUGUGGCUCCACGUCCACUGGCCAAAGGGCCGGUCGACACAACUCGUGUCCAGCUGCUUUAGUGGUGAGUUGGUGAUGUGGGACUUGACCAGAACAGGGAAGCAGAUGUGGACUCUGUUUGGGACGUCUUCAGAGGGUCAGAACCACAGCAGGAUCAUCUUCAACAUGAGUUCAAUCCAACUGCAGGAUGACAGAGAGCUGCUCAUCAGCACCUCCAUGGACCGAGAGAUUAAAUGCUGGGACCUGGCCACUCUGGACUGCUGCUGGACUCUACCCACCCUCGGCGGUUUCAUCUACGCCCUGACCUUCUCUCCCGUGGGGUCAGGGUGUUUGGCGCUGGGCGUUGGUGACAACAUGAUCCGAGUGUGGAACACACUGACCACCCAGAACCAGUACGACACCAGGUCCUUCUGGCAGGGCAUCAAGUCCAAAGUCACAGCGCUGGCAUGGCACCCAAAAAAAGAAGGCUCCCUGUCUUUUGGAACAGAUGAUGGUAAAGUCGGUAUCUACGAAGUCUUCUCAAACAAGCCACCUCAGAUAUCGAGCUCCUAUCACCGACAAACGGUGUACACAUUGGCCUGGGGACCACCAGUCCCCCCGAUGUCAUUUGGAGUGGCAGGAGGAAAGCUGUCCUACAGCCUGUACAGCUGCGCCGGCGAAGGCGUCAUCCUGCAGCACGAUCCGUCUAAGCUGAGCGGAGAGGCGUCCAACAUCGACAAGCUAAUCAGGGACACCAACGACAUCAAGCACAAGCUGUCUCCUCACACCGACCUCAGCUGGAAGCCAGAUGGGAAGGUGGUUGCCAUCGGCAACGAGGACGGGUGUAUUGAUGUGUAUGAGGCUCCCAGUCUGAAGCUGCUGUGCAGCAUCCAGCAGCACCACAAGAUCAUCAACACGUUACAGUGGCACCACGACCACGGCUCUCUGCCGGAGCUGCACUGCCUCCUGGCCUCGGGUUCCAGCAACGCCACCGUCUAUGUGCACGAUCUCCGCUCCGUCAUAGAAAAUCCUCCAGAAAGCCCGGUCGUGAUGACGGAGCCAUAUCGCAGGCUAUGUGGUCAUACAGCUAAAAUCACCUGCAUGGCCUGGAGUCCACACCACGACGCCCGGCUGGUCACCGCCUCGUAUGAUGGCACAGCCCAGGUGUGGGAUGUACAGCAGGAAGCAGCUGUCUGCAACUACCGGGGUCACGUUGGUUAUCUGCUGUGCGUGGACUGGUCGCCUGUUGAUCCUGAUGUGAUCUGGACCGGAGGGAAGGACUUCACCCUGCAGGAGUGGAGAGUCUCCAAACAAGAGUUUACAAUGCCACCUAAAGGGAAGAAGAUGGUCGACCUGAAGGAGAAGAUGAAGGCCAAUUCCAAGCAGAAGAAGAAGAACAAGAAGGCGUCUGGGGCUGGAGGGCCUGCUCCAGUAGAGAUGAACGGAGAAUCGGUUACAGGCGGACAGAAAGCGGCACCUGGACUCGAACUGUCGGGUGAAGAUGAGGAAGAUGAAGUCAGCUCAACGAACAGUGCUGUACCACCAGUUUCAGCCUCUUUUGAGACGCAAAGAAAAUCCUCCACUGUCCCAAAGAGCAAAGACAAACCAGACUUACCUACUAACCUGCUGAAGAAGAAGAAGCCUCGCUCCAUGCUGCCCCUCAGUACCUCCAUGGACCAUCGGCCCAAAGAAGAUCUGCUGCAAGACUGCAUCAGUCUGGCCUCUGUCAAGCACAGCAGCGCACCCCUUGCAGGCUGUGUCCCAGGCCAGGGAGAGCACCUCCACCUGGGCCUGUUCACUGACAGACAGGCUCUGUACCGCAUGUUCGAGGCAGAAGAGGAGGGUCACGUGGAGGCGGGUCACUACGACUCUGUCGUGUACCUGCGGCUGUGGACCGGAGACCUGGAGGGGGCGCUGCAGCUCGCCACUGAGAAAGGAGAACUGAACGACCACCUGCUCUCCAUCGCUCCUAUGGCCGGGUUCGAGGUGUGGAGCCGCGCAGUGGAGGCCUUCGUCAAGCAGCUGUGUCUGCAGGAGCAGUACCUGAAGGCAGCGUCCCACCUGCUGUCAGUCAACAAGCUGUACGAGGCCGUCGACCUGCUGCGCUCUCACAAGUUCUACAGGGAGGCCAUAGCUCUGGUCAAAGCCAGGCUUCCAGCAGACGAUCCAGUCCUGAAGGAGCUGUACACCUGCUGGGCCGCCGUGCUGGAGAAGGACGGACAUUUCUCUGCAGCCGCUAAAUGUUACCUGGCUGCCGGCGCCAAUUUCGACGCCGCUAAAGUCAUCGCCAGGAAGAAUGACAUCUCCUCGCUGAGGGCGGCAGCCAGCCUAGCGAGGAUCUCAGGAGAGCUCGCUCUGGCUCAGUCGCUGGCGCUGCGGUGCGCUAAAGACCUGGCUGCUGCUCUGGACUGGGUCGGGGCCCAGGAGGUCCUGAGCUCACAGGACAACCUGAUGGUGCACAGGCUGCACCUCUGUGUCGCUGAGCUGUUGGCCGCGAUGCUGGCAGACUCUCAGCCCUGCGUUUCCAGCCACCCGUGGGCGAAAGCGGGUCAGCGUCACGUCAGCAUCCAGGACCGAGUGAGGGACGUGUGGGAGCGGCAGUUUGGGGUUUCACAAAAGUCCGAAAGACACUGCAGCGUCGCAGCUCUUCUGCAGGAGCUGAAGUCUGUGGAGAGUCCAACGCCCACCGCCAGCAUCCCCCUAACACAGGUCCAGUUGUAUUCAUCCCUCCAUCUGACCCGCGCUGUGCUGAGCUGGUUGUUGGACGAUGAUGGACAGCUGAUGAAGGAGCUGUGGAAGGCGGUGGCCUGGCUCAAAGACGCCGGACACUCCUGUGUCUCUGCAGAGCUCUGCAGGCUACUGUUCCCUGACGGCGACGUCAGCGUUUGUUCCAGGAAACAUUCCAAAACACUUCACCUCACAGACGAUGAAGGCAAAGCUGCCGCCAACAGUCUGCAGGCUUACGUCCAUUACCAGCACCUGUACGAAUACUGGUGGAGCAACUCCACCCGGACCCAAAACGGACUUCCCCUCUCAGCGUCCGGUCCCGUACAUGAGGGGAAGGGCAAAGCGGUGAAUGGAGGUGUAUCAGAGUCAGAGGAGAGCGUCUCCCCGGUGACUGGGAGGGUCGAUCAGCUGGACUUUGACGCGUCUCUUCUUCUGUCUGAGCGUCACGCCGCCUGUCAGGCCACGCAGAGGUCAGUGAGAGACAUACAGGAGCGGCUGGCAGCCAUGGUGCGGCUGCACAGCAGAGCCCAGCCCGACUCCGGGGAGAAAACAGACGACUCGCCCACGCAGGUCUCAGAGUCAUCAGACAGCCACGCAGAUGCUCCGCAGCGGCCUGAGGACGAGGACACCCUGCUCACUUUGUCUUCCAAGAUGUCAGAACAGCAAAAACAGCUGGCUGACCUGCCCGACACAGUCAAGAUGUAUCCUCAGCCAGACGUUGUUGAAUGCUGCUUGGUUCUCUUGCACAUCAGCAAGAGUUCACCAUCCAUCCCCGAGUCACUCCAGCAGGAGGCCAAAGACCUGCUCCGCAAAUACGGAACGAGCCCCUCCUUCCUCAAAGCCUCUCGGCGAUUCCUCACCUGAAUAUUUCAUUAGUGGACUUAAAAGAAGCACUUUGACUGUACAGCUUUUUUUUUUGUU